UGAUAGCUUCCUUCACAUUCUUUCGAUUUCGACCAUUAAAACUGAGACCUUUUUCCUAUUAAAAUCGAAUUGGAAUUUCAACUUCUGAAAUAACACAAUAUGGGUGUGUGUUUGUGGAAUUCAGUCUGUCGUUCCGUGUCGUUGAGUAGCCCGGUUUUUGUCCUUUUCCCCCGCAGUUGACUAGAAAUGCUUAUAUUUGUCCUCCUGCUGUGUCAUUUCACUUUAUGUGGACACUGUGCGUGUGUGAGAAAAACCCUUCAAAUAUCAGCAGAUCAAGACAGUAAAGUGUUUGUUGUGGACCAGGAGGCCAACACAUUUUUAGGACGCCACCUGUUGUUCAACCGCUUCGACUUUGAGAUCUUCACCCCAGGUAAUCUAGAACGUGAGUGUUUCGAGGAGAUAUGCAGUUACGAGGAGGCUCGGGAAGUCUUUGAGAAUAUCCCUGAAACAAAUGACUUUUGGAGGAAAUAUACAGAGGAUAAGGGUGAAUCCCAAUCAAAAGUUGAUGUAACAGCAUUGCUGGUGGGCAUCAUCUCCGCUGGAGUCUUUAUUGUUAUAGUUGGCCUCCUUAUCUGGUACUUCUGCCAGGGGAGGAAUAAAGACCAUGGCUUCCGAAGUUCAUUCAGACGUCGAUCCAACCGAAGCAAUGCCUCUGUGAUCAUCCGGAGACUGGAGGAGGUCUCUCUGCAUCCUAUUCCUCACACAGGCUCAGAUGCCAGCCCAGAUGCUCAUGCUUUACCUUCUUAUGAACAGGCCGUCGCCAUCGCCAUCAAUGGACCACUCCCUAAAUAA